UUUCGUUUAUAUAUCGCUUUGGCAGUCACUAUUCAACCGUUGAACAGUGUAGAACGCCCUCUAGCGUCUUUAUUUAUUGGUUGUGUUUUGAGUCAAUUGCAAAUUCAAGCAUAUAGAAUCAAAGCAAAUGGAUCGCUGGCAGGGAAAGGUAGCGAUGGUGACUGGUGCCAGUUCGGGCAUUGGUGCAGCAACAGUGAUAGCCCUUGCAAAGGCUGGAAUGAUCACUUUCGGCCUAGCGCGUCGUGUUGAGCGUGUUGAAGAGCUGAAAAAAGAUCUUCCGGCAGAAGUCCGCGAACGUCUGCACGCCAUCCGUUGUGACGUAACGAAGGAGGAAGACAUUUUGUCCGCCUUCCGUGAAGUAGAGCAAAAGUUUGGCGGCGUUGAUGUGCUGAUCAAUAACGCAGGUGUGGCAAGAUCGUCCUAUGGUGUGCUGGAUGCCAAAAAUACGCAAGCUAUUCGGGAUGUGAUCGAUACGAAUCUGGUGGCAUUGGCGCUGUGCAGCCGGGAAGCGUACCAAUCGAUGAAGAAACGAUCGGUCGAUGGACAUAUCGUGCACAUUAACAGCAUCCUCGGCCACAACGUGCUACCGAUGAAUACACUCAAUGUCUAUCCGGCUUCCAAGUAUGGUGUGACGGCACUUACGGAAACGAUGCGCCACGAGCUAAGGAUGGCCGGGACAAAAAUCAAAGUCACGAGCAUUAGCCCUGGACUGGUCAGAACCGAGAUCAUCACAAAUAGUGCUGCGGUUGCCGAUAUGCCUAUACUCGAAGCAGAGGAUAUUGCGGACGCCGUUCUGUAUGUGCUUGGAACCCCACCUAGAGUACAAAUUCACGAGCUAAUGAUAAAGCCGGUGGGCGAACAUAUGUAAAAUUUGCAUCGUGUUUCUCGUUGGAUAAACGAAGAGACAUUCGACGAAUUAAAUGAAAUAAAGUUAAACAACUGCUCACACAUCAAAAAGAGAGGUUGGAAUUGUGUUGGUU